AUGGGGAACGCUAAACAUUUAUAUUUUGUGGCUGCACUAAUUGCAUACCUUGUAAUUCUGUUUUUAAAUCUCUCUUUAAUUCUGAUAAUAAUUUUUGAAAAAAGCCUCCAUGAGCCUAUGUACAUUUUUCUAUGCAAUUUGUUGAUUAGUGCACUCAUUGGCGCCACAACUUUUUAUAUAAAAUUAUUGAUUGACCUUAAAACAGAUAUUCCAGUAGUUUCUCGCCCAGGUUGUUUUACUCAGAUUUUUUUCCUUUAUGUUUAUUUUGGCAUUGAAAUGACCAUUUUAACAGUUAUGGCAUAUGAUAGAUUCAUAGCGAUAAAUCUCCCACUAUUAUACUGUACCAUCAUUUCCAGUACAAAAACAGCCAAAUUAGUCUUUGUUGCCUGGUUAUGUCCAAUUUGUUGUGUGAGUAUUUUGAUAUCCCUGUCCAGCAGUCUACAAUUGUGUGGAAAUACCAUUAACACAGUGUACUGUAAUAACUGGGAAAUUGUAAAGUUGUCCUGUACAGACACCAGCGUUAAUAAUAUUUAUGGAUCACUUGCCUUUAGUAUGUUUUUAUUACUUACUGUCUUCAUUCUUUAUUCAUAUAUAAAAAUCCUUGUUUUAUGCUGGAAUAGGUCCCGAUCUUACAAAUCUAAAGCUUUCCAAACUUGUCUUCCACAUUUAAUUACAUUCAUUCUUUUUUUCUGUUCUACAAUAUUUGAAUCAACAGAGAGCCGGACACAUUUAAAGAGAACAUCAGACUUGGUCAGUACCAUUGCUUCUUUGGAGUUUGUCAUAGUACCACCGCUUUUAAACCCUUUAAUAUAUGGAAUUAUUUUACCUGAAAUACGCAGAAGAGUUAUUUGCAUAUUUUCAGUUAAAAAACAAACAUUACCAGUCAGAUAA